AUGUCAACCACAACCGAGAUCGAGGCCACAGGCCCAUCAGCGAUCAUAAAUGUGGACGAGCUACAAAGCUACGGAAUCAACGCUUCUGACUUACAAAAGCUAAAAGGAGCCGGUAUUUACAGCGUUAACACAGUACUCUCUACCACAAGACGAAACCUGCUCAAAAUCAAGGGCUUGAGUGAAGUAAAGGUGGAAAAGGUCAAAGAGGCCGCAGGCAAGAUCAUUCAAAUUGGCUUCAUACCAGCCACCAUACAAGCCGAUAUAAGACGGAGGGUGUUUGGUAUUUCGACAGGGUCCAAGCAACUCGACAGCAUCCUGGGGGGCGGCGUCAUGACUAUGAGUAUCACUGAGGUUUUCGGAGAAUUUAGAUGUGGUAAAACGCAAAUGUCCCACACCCUGUGUGUCACAGCACAGCUGCCCCGCGAGCUGGGAGGCGGAGAAGGGAAAGUCGCGUACAUCGACACCGAGGGAACGUUUCGUCCAGAGAGAAUCAAACAAAUAGCUGAGAGGUACGAGCUGGACCCAGAGGCGUGUUUGGAAAAUGUUUCGUACGCGCGUGCUCUGAACAGCGAGCACCAAAUGGAACUUACUGAACAGCUUGGAGCAGAGCUAUCAUUAGGCGAAUACCGAUUGCUGAUUGUGGACUCGAUCAUGGCGAAUUUCAGGGUCGAUUACUGCGGAAGAGGUGAGUUGAAUGAGCGACAACAAAAACUUAACCAGCACCUAUCGCGGCUAAAUCGAAUCGCUGAAGAAUACAACGUCGCAGUGUUCAUGACAAAUCAAGUACAGUCUGACCCAGGUGCGUCUGCACUUUUCGCCGGAGCAGACGGUAGGAAACCCGUGGGUGGACAUGUUUUGGCUCACGCCAGCGCGACCAGAAUAUUGCUGAGAAAGGGACGUGGCGACGAAAGGGUUGCAAAGCUUCAAGAUAGUCCAGAUAUGCCCGAAAGAGAGUGCGUGUACACAAUUGGGGAACAGGGAAUUACAGAUGCAGCUGAUUGA